AUGCGUGUGCGUGUUGUCUGUGUAUUGUUUUAUAUUCACUGUGCGUACGCGCAGGUGUUGUACGAUGCAUACUUCGGGACACCGCUGAAAAAUGAAAGAAGCACCUUUCUCAACUUUAUAAAUGCUACUAGUUCAUGUGUAAUCCGAGUAAAGCCAUGUAACCAGCACGAAGGUCGUCGUGUGGACGGCACCUGUGCUAACCCCAAGUACCCGUCGCGUGGCGGGAACACGUUAAGGACAUCGUUGAACGGCUCGGAUCUGCCAUCCACUCGACUCCUGCGCACUAAGCUACUGAGCGACGGUCACCCUACGGAUCAUAACUUCAACAAUCUUGCCUCUCACUUUGGCGUCUUCGCCACCAUAGACAACAUAGACUUGACCGGCAUAUUGCGCUAUACGCCGGUGAGCGACUGCUGCGUCGGCAACACGCCCAAUCGCGUGAAUCCUCAAUGCAUCUCCAUACCGGUGGCGGCUGAUGACCCGUAUCUGCGCCGCACCGGCGUCCGCUGCAUGAACCUCACGCGGAUGCCCACCUUUCAGGAGAGAGGUUGCAUAUCCAACGCCAUACCUGCAGAGAGGUACAAUCUGGUAACUCCUUUAUUAGAUUUAUCCGUCGUUUACGGAUUUACAAAUGAACGUGAGAGACAAAUAAGAGAGUACAAAGACGGACUGCUUAUAUCAGAGAAGCGUAACGUUGCAGAAUAUCCACCUGGCACAGCACGCGACUGUAUCGGAAACAAAAGGCCGAUUGAGAAUAUUUGCUAUGAAUUCGGUGACACGAUGGGUGGUAAUAUUAAUUCCGGUGUAACACUGGUCACAUUGUGGUUCUUCCGGGAACACAAUCGUCUGGCACAUAAGCUGGCAGAGAUCAACCCGUGCUGGACAGAUCAGCAAUUAUUCGAAACAGCUCGAUACAUAAACAUCGCGGAGUGGCAGCACUUGUUUUACUACGAACUUAUGGCAGACUUGUUGGGUAGGGAGAAUGCUAUGAGGACUGGGAUCAUAUACGACACGCAAGGCUAUGUCAAUGACUUCGACGAGAAUUACGAGCCAGGAGUCUAUCACGAGUAUAUCGUCGGCAGCCGCUGGUUCCACACUUUCCAAGAUGGGCGGUCGGAUUUAUACAGCAGUAGAGGCUAUUAUCUAGGCUCAAGGACAGCGGUGGAUGAUGCGUUACGCAGCGGCAUACUCGAGCUCAACAACACAGAGGCAGACCUCACACAGGGCGCCUUCCGUCAACCCUCACAUAAGUUCGACUAUGUCAUCGACCCUGACAUGGCGGAGCGUAUAGCUGGUGAACUACACACAGCACUGGACUUGAGCGCCGUGGACAUCGCUCGUGGCCGUGACCAGGGUCUGCAGCCUUACAACCAGUACCGCAAGCUGUGCGGACUGCCCUACGCUCAUAAGUUUGAAGACUUCCACGACGUUAUAUUCCCAGAUAAAGUAGAACAAAUGCGUCGCAUAUACUACGACGUGAACGACGUGGAUUUGAUGGCGGCCAUCUACAGUGAGAAGCUGAUCGAUGGUGGAUUCGUGGGACCGACGCUCUUCUGCAUCAUUGUGCAAAAUAUGCUGCAGUGGCGCAGAAAUGAAAUAAGAUCAUGUAAAGCAAUUCCCUCUAUGGACUUGACCAAAUGGACUGAUGAACGAUGUUCUCACAAGGACAACAAACAGAACGACUACGAAAAGGAACACAUGCAAUAUUCAAGCAGCCCGUAUGAGUCGUGGGAGUCCUAA